AUGGCUCAAUCAAAUCUUGCCUGGGGAUGUUGUACAACUGGAGACCAAAAUGAAAAAUAUCUUCAAUGCGGAGUAUGUAUGAAAGCUUUUCACCAUGACUGCCUAUCUCUUGAAGCAUCAUUUGAAAAGUCGUCUUGGAUCUGCCCCUUCUGUGCCCUAACACCGUCCAAAAGACUAAAUAAUGAUAAUACACCCGUCCGCUUUAAUACAAAUGUUACUGUGCGCUCCAAUAAGAGACAAGCGUUACAAUCCCCACCUGGUUCUGAAUCGUCCGCAUUAACUGAAAAAGGAAUACGCGCAAUAAUUAAUGAAGCUAUCGAUGCUCAGUCUAAUACUCUAUUGGAGAAAAUAACUUCGACUAUGCGCGGUCUCUUAAACAAGGAAAUAAAUUCAGUCCGAACUGAAAUCGAACAGCUAAAAGAUUCCGUUAUUCAUAUGAGUGCACAAUAUGAUGACAUUUUAAAAGAACAUUCGGAAGCGAAACAAAGGAUAAGGGAGUUGACUGAUGAUAAUAUCAAGAUGUCUACCGUGAUUAGGGACAUGUCAGUGAGAAUUAACACUCUGGAACAAAACGCUCGUGCUAACAAUAUCGAACUACAGUGCGUGCCACAGAGAAAGGAUGAGAAUUUAAUGAGUCUAGUGAAGCAUCUUGGUAAGACUAUAGAUUGUGAUAUAAAUGAAGAAAACGUUUUGAAUUGCACGCGUGUUAUGAAGUUUAAUGGAAAUAAUAAUCGUCCUAAAUCUAUCGUGGUCCAGUUCAACACUCAAAGACUACGCGAUACUUUUUUGGCCGCUUGUAUUAACUUUAAUAAAAAGAAAAAUUUCAACGAUAAACUUAACACUCACCAUCUUGGUCUCGCUGGUGAGAAAUCACCUAUUUUUGUCACUGAACAUCUGAGCCCUACAAAUAAGUCUUUACAUGCGGCAACGCGCAUAAAAGCAAAGGAAAUGGGCUACAAACACGUCUGGAUUAGAGGAGGCCGUAUUUAUAUGAGGAAAACUGAUGAUUCUGAAUAUCGUAUUAUCAGAGAUAUGGACUCACUUAGCAAAAUAAACUAG